AUGAAUUUGCGGGAAUGGUGCUCAAAUUCGACGGAAUUCGUUGCGGAAGAAGAUCGUCUGUAUGGCGAAAAAACAAAAUUGCUGGGUCUCAUUUGGGAUAAAAAAUCAGACGUUUUGAACAUUAAAGAAACAAAAGUUGAAGUCGAAGGGGUCCUUACAAAAAGAAAAAUGUUAUGCAAUAUUGCGAGCCACUUCGACCCACUCGGCUUAAUUUCGCCCAUCAUCCAGCGUGCAAAAUCGAUGAUUCAAAAAUUGUGGAAAUUGAAUUUGGAUUGGGAUGUUCCUGUUCCAAAAGAUGUGGAAAGCGAGUGGAAAGAACUGGAAAAAGAUUUAAAAAACAUCUCAGAAAUAUCGGUAAGCAGGUUUAUCGGCAUUAAAAAUAGUUUAGGAAAUGAAGCGGUGGUCACAGAACUCCAUUGCUUCUGUGAUUCAUCGGCGACAGCGUACGCAGCGUGUGUCUACAUGCGAGUGGAACAGAACAGAGAAAUUACGACGAAUUUAUCAUUCACGAAAACUCGAUUAGCACCAAUAAAGACUCUUACGAUUCCGCGUUUAGAACUGAUGCCGGCCUUAAUUGGAGUUCGAAUUCUGAAAUUCGUCGAAAAAGAAUUAAAGAUCAAAAUCGUUAAAAAAUAUAUUUGGUGCGACUCAAAAUGCGUACUGUAUUGGAUCGCAAACAAACGUUUAAAGUCAGCUUUUGUCGAAAAUCGAUUAAAAGAAAUUCGACUUUGCGAGAAUACAGAAUUUCGUUAUGUCUCAACGACGGAAAAUCCGGCUGAUUUACCGACGCGUGGUAUGUCAACUCUAGAGUUGAAAACAUCGAAUUUGUGGUGGAAUGGUCCAGAGUGGUUACAUCAAGGAAAAGAUCAGUGGCCGGACAAAUUGGUAUCGUCCGCCGACGAAAUUAAAUUCGAAGAAAUUGAAAACAGAAAAACGGCAACACUGACAAUGGUUACGGUCGCGGACAAUUGCACUUUUGGAUCGAUCAUCAAAAAAUAUUCAACCUUAACAAAAUCAUUGCGAGUGAUAGCUUACAUCCUUCGAGCAAAAAAGAUCUUCGAAAAAAUCGACACUAGAAAAGGAACUUUGUCGGUCGAAGAAUUAAACGAAGCUCAAAAAUUAUUGGACAAGUUGUUACCGACGGGUCGUCGAAUUAUUGAAUCGAUAAUAAAAAAAUGUUGGGCAUGCAAAAAAUGGGAAGGUGGUCCGUUUCAACCGCCAGUUCCGCCAGCACUGCCGAAAGAACGUUUAUUGGAAGCGCCGGCAUUCACGUAUGUGGGUGUGGAUUAUUUGGGUCCAUUAAUUAUCAAAGACGGCGAUAACGAACAGAAAAAAGUUUGUAUUUGCUUGUUUACAUGCGCUGUUAUUCGGGCGGUGCAUUUGGAGCUCGUUCCUGAUAUGACGACAAAUGGAUUCAUUGAAGCUUUUCGUUGA